AUGUCCGGAUCGAUGAAUCAAUUCACGAACGACGAGUAUGUCCUAGCCUACCACGGUCCAUUACUCUACGAGGCUCGUAUUAUCCUUGCUGAGAAUUGGGAUGAGAACAAUACGUUAUUGGGUACAGUUGGACCUCAUUAUUUCAUUCAUUACAAAGGUUGGAAACAAACAUGGGACGAAUGGGUACCUGAACAAAGAUUAUUGAAGCUCAACGAAGCUGGAUUCGCCAAACGACGAGCAUUGUUAGAUGCUCAAGCCAAGAAGAACCGACCUGCGUCUGCUGCUGGAUCUUCCACCGCAUCCCCCGCUCCAGCUACCACCACGACAGGUAAAGGGAAAGAAAAAGGUAAAAAGGGUGAAUCGAAGAAGAGAAGUAGAGAAUCAGGUGUUGAUACCGAAGCGGCAUAUCUCAAUCGACCAGAAGUGAAAAUUGUCAUUCCUGAGAUACUCAAAUUACAAUUGGUUGAUGAUUGGGAGAACGUGACGAAGAAUAAUCAGCUCGUGACAUUACCUCGUAAACCCAAUGUACGAGAGUUAUUGGAAGAGUACAGACAAUAUGUGAAUAACACUAAGAAAGCUCAGGAGAGAUCGGCUCGAGCCACGUCGUUGCUUUCUGAGAUUAUCUCAGGUAUAACAUUAUAUUUCGAUAAAGCUUUAGGGAAUAACCUGUUAUACCGAUUCGAAAGAGCACAAUAUGUGGAGCAGAAAAGACAAAAUCCAGAUAAACCAAUGUCAGAGAUCUAUGGUGCGGAACAUUUACUUAGGUUAUUUGUCAACUUCGGUCCUUUUAUCGCUUAUACCAAUAUCGAUACUGAAUCGCUUAAUAUCUUGAGAGAAUACAUAAAUGAUAUCAUGAAGUGGAUGAUCAAAGAACAGAAGAGAUUAUUUGUUAAAGAGUACGAAGCGACUAGUACACAUUAUCAAAAUAUGUCUAGAACGUAG